UUAAUUAUCAAUUUCUCACUGCCCCUCUUUCGUCUCUCUCCCUCUCUGAAAAACCCUAAUUCAACACAAGACAAGCAAAAGGGAAGCAAUCCAUAUCAUUCGGAUUGGAUUAACCGCUGGUUAACGAACAUCGUCAGCUCCUCGCUUUUAAAAAAAGCAGCUUUUGAUCCUCACUGCAGUCAUUUCUGCUGGAUCAGGUCAUUUGUGAUUAGAUACAGUGUUCCAGGUGAUGUUUUGUAAUGUUCUAAGAGCAAGUAGAAGCUUUUAUCUGUCUAGUAAGGCCUUCCAUCUUCCCACUGUAAUAAUUGGUAGUGUUUCUUAUUCAGGAAUCUUCAGUACUAUGAGAGAAGUGAAGGUAAAAGGUGUGUCUAGUUCGUGUACGCUUGAUUCCAAUGGAGAAUCUCACAUCCUACAAUCUGAAUUAGCUAGUGACAGCCAGAGAAAUUCAUCCUUGAACGUGCAAUUCACUCCUGAAAUUGAAAAGAAGUAUGUUCAUCAUGUUUAUGAUGCUAUCGCUCCCCAUUUCAGUUCUACCCGGUUUGCUAAGUGGCCAAAAGUAGCCAAUUUUUUAUCUUCCUUACCUUCAGGAUCUCUUGUCCUGGAUGCAGGAUGUGGGAAUGGGAAGUACUUGGGAUUUAAUCCUGAUUGUUUUUUCAUCGGAUGUGAUAUAAGUGCCCCUCUUAUCAAAAUUUGUGCAGAUAGAGGGCAUGAAGUGUUGGUUGCAGACGCUGUAGAUCUGCCAUAUAGAACGGGUUUUGGUGAUGCGGCUAUCUCUAUAGCUGUAUUACAUCAUCUAAGUACAGAGGGUAGGAGGAAAAAGGCAAUAGAAGAGUUGAUCCGAGUUGUGAAAAAGGGUGGCCUAGUUCUAAUAACAGUUUGGGCUGUAGAACAAGAAGAUAAAUCACUACUUGCCAAAUGGACUCCACUUACCCAAAAGUAUGGGGAAGAGUGGAUAGGACCUGGUAGUCCACGUGUUCGAAGCCCUUCAUCCUGCACAUUGGAAAGCAUUCCAGAAACAGAGGAGAAUGGUUUUGGAGAGCGUAAGCAAGAUUCCGGCCAGAGUUCUAUGCAGAGUUUGCAGGAAAUAACCUCUCAAACUGAAAGUUAUUCAGGGGCUUCUACUGAUGUAAAAAAUGCAAAUAAUCAACAAGAAUAUUUCGUCCCCUGGCACUUACCAUAUCAUCGUGCUGAAGUAAGUGGUGCUUCUGCUUGUGCUCUUGCAAAUGGCCUUGCAAAGAAAGAUGAUAAAAAGGGUGCCGUAGUGUAUAACAGAUACUACCAUGUUUUCAGUGAAGGCGAGCUUGAAAGGUUGGUAGCUGGUAUUGAUAAUGCUGUAAUUGUUGACAGAUUUUUUGACAAAUCCAACUGGUGCGUUGUCCUGGAGAAAAAACUAUGAAAAGCCAAACAACAGAACCUUGCGGGGCAUGGAAAAACUUAAUGUAAACCAUAAGCUCUGCAGCCUGGAACAGCAAAUGUGCGGCUGGUGAUGGACAAAAUCCAUUCAACAUGUUUACAGUGUGCCAUGGGAAAACUGCUUUUUGAUUGUGAGGAAUUGCUUUUGAAUUAUACAAGCUUUUAUUAAAGGUGGUUGACUGCAACUGUAGUGGUCAGCUAUUGUUCUGUGCCACAUGCAAAAGAGAGAGCAUCAAAUAUUUAUUUUGAUUUAUUGCU